AUGGACAUGGAGCUUAAUGAUGAAGACGAUGUUGAUUUGUUUUAUCUGCAAGACAUCCACAAUGAUGAUGAACUGAAAGAUUUUAUUAAGUCCAGCUUGACGAAAUUAAUGCUAGAAAACCAAUUGACUGAUAUUUAUUCAUCCAGCAUCAUCGGAGAAGAACUGAGGAAACUCAGAGAAGAUGCAAAACAAAUUUCUGAAACAUUUUCUGAUUGCCAAGAGCUCAUAAGACCAGGAAGGGAUCUAAAAAAUAGGCUAGUAUUUAAUUGUUCAGUUUUCAAGCCAGGGUGCAGUGAUGAUGAGGAUGUGAUGUUGAUUGGUGACAACCUCCACAAUAUGGCCAGCGGGGAGUUGGUGAAAUUUAGUAAAGUGUUUGCUCACAAAGUGACAGACUGUUGGAAGGAGGGAAUACUUUUUGACAUCGUCAACCCCAACAGUUCACUGCCUCAGAGGGUAUACUUAGUUCGUUUUGGAGAUAUCAAAAUGCAUUCGUUCACAUCCAAAAAUAUUGCAUUCGGGGAAGUCCCUCAGCACCUGAUGGCAGUUGGAACCCGAGUCAUAGCUUUGUACAGAGACAUAUCAGUAGUGAAUUUCUGGUAUGCUGGCGUAGUGGCCGAAGGUCCGUCCAGAACAAACUUUUUUAGAUAUUUAGUAUUUUUUGAUGAUGGAUACGCUCAGUAUUGUGCCGUUUGUGACAUCAGACAAGUCUAUGAUCAAAGCAAGUUUGUUUGGGAGGAUGUGCGGACUAGUAAUUCACAGUUUAUCAAAGAGUACCUGCAGGUCUUUCCUAAUAGACCAAUGGUUCACUUGAAGCAAGGUCAUAUAAUAAAAGCUGAACAAAAUGGAGUUUGGAUGACCUCUUCAGUGCUGGAGGUGGAUGCCAGCCUGGUCAAGUUGCUCUUUGUGGAGAGCAAGCAGGCAGAAUGGAUAUACAGGGGCUCAAGGAGACUAGAACCUCUCUACAGAGAGUUGGCCAAGGCAGAAGCCUCACAGAAGAUCGGUCGCGGUCCUCGCUUCAGCACCAUGCAGAAGAUGAACAAGAAAGGUGCCUACGUUGUCUACACUGUCCUAGACGAUGACGAUCCCACUAGCAAAGGUAUUGAGAUGAUAGAUUUGGAUCCAAAUGUUGAUGAAUGGGAGAAAUCCAAAGAGUCACUGCAGCCACAGGAAAGCGACAAGCACGUCUUGAGGCAAAGAUCAGUAGAAACAACUUCCAUACUAGAUGACAGCAGCUUGACGAACAAAAUUUCCACCGUAGUCCAGCCGAGUUAUCGAAUGACAGAUUCCUGCAUUCGCUGCAGACCCGCCUGCAUAAUUGAAGGGGGUGACGAUCCAAAGAACCACAGAGGGGUCAACCCUUACCUCAUUCCUCUGCUUUGCGGAUGGGACAGGCAAGUAUCGAAGCCGGGGAACUUUAAGAAGAAAAUGGUGACGUACAGGUCGCACUGUGGGAGGUUGUUUCGCUCUAUCGAUGAAGUUGAUGGCGGUCUGACGCAGAUGGAUUCUCUGCUGACCAUUGACUUGUUUUCAUUCGAUGUGAAGCUCUCGACUGAUGUGGAGUUUGAUGUUGUCAAGAACAACUGUACAGUGGAGGACUUUUCUCAAGGAAAAGAGCCAGUUGCAGUUAGUUGUGUUAACUCACUCGAUGAACAGCGCCCUGAUCAAAUUGAGUACUCCACUGAAAGAAUACCAGGUCGUGGAGUGAACCUAAACACAGAUCCAUCGUUCCUUGUUGGAUGUGACUGUACAGAUAACUGCAGGGAUCGUUCCAAGUGUAAGUGCAUCCAGCUGACAGUUGAAGCAACCGGUUGUCUCCCUGGUAACAAAAACAACAAGGCAGGCUACUCGCACAGGAGGCUCAAACAACCAAUCAUCACUGCCAUAUACGAAUGCAAUUCGAGGUGUUCAUGCGACAGUAGAUGCCGCAACAGAGUCAUUCAAAAUGGUCUCAGUCUUCGAUUGCAAAUUUUCAAAACUGAAAAAAAGGGUUGGGGUUUGAGGUGCUUGGAUGACAUUCCAGCAGGCCGAUUCAUAUGUGUGUAUUCAGGUCAGGUGCUCACUGAGGAUUCUGCCAAUGAGGAUGGCAAGCUGUACGGCGAUGAGUACCUGGCAGACCUGGAUCACAUUGACGUCGUUGAAAGAGAGAAAGAGGGAUAUGAAAGUGACGUAAUAAAAGAUGACGAUGACGAGGAAGAAGAGGAGGAGUGUGAUACUGAUUUGAUGAAAAACUCAAACGUGUCAGUAUUUAGUUUUUUUAUCAGUGUGGUCUAA